CAUAUGCUUGGUACUAGCAGUUGAGUUGUACAGUUUUUUGUCUAUUGCCACCGGAAUACAUAUAGAUAAGCUAGUGCACUUCUGUUAGUCGGCCACUUCUAUAAAUUAUAGAACUCUCCGUUUAUUGCAAUUUGCAUUUGGUAAUAAACGGAUAUUUAGCCAGUUAACAAAAAAUGGCACUGGUUAGCAAACUUCUAGGAGAAGCAGGAGCCAAUACAGGGAUUGAGCACCGUGGCGCAUCAAUUCUCCGAUUAUUGUGCACCCUUUCCUCAUCAACAUCGGCUAUCAUUCUAUUAAAACUGUACAGAAAAUCAUUAAAAAUUAGAAAAUCUACCAAGAAAGCGCUACAAGUUCAGCGACUGCAAUCCCUUCAAAAAAGCCAAGAUGGCGUUGAACAAAACCGGAGGCACGGCGUCAACACCAACAAAAAGCUGUAUUCCCAAUUUAUGCGAAUUUUUCGUAUUCUAGUCCCAAAAUGGAACUCCCCAGAGGUGGGGUUUAUGAGUCUAAUUAGUUUCAUGCUGGUGGUUCGGUCAUGCUGCGAUUUAUGGACGAUAUACCUCGGAACUCUUUUAGAAGCAGCUAUAAUCUCUGGCGAAACUUCUAGCUUCUUGCAACACCUCAAAAAGUUUGCACUGACGAUGCCUCUGAUGUCAUUAACCAAUUCACUGCUGAAAUACUCUUCUCGCCAACUGGAAAUCCGAUUUCGAGCACGUCUGACAAAGCAUCUUAUGCAGAAGUACAUGUACAAGAUGACAUUUUACAAACUUAAUCAGAAAAUGAGAAACACCGAUGCUUUAAUCACGACUGAUGUGGAAAGGUUUGCGUCAACGUCAGCCACGCUCUACAGCCAGUUGUCUAAACCUAUGUUGGAUAUUUUAAUUUAUGUCUAUGGAAUUAGCAGAUCUAUUGGAGCCUCUGUUCCAGCCACAAUGUUGGGUUAUUUGGCCGUUGCUGCAUUUGUUAUUGCCAUCCUGAGACGUCCAAUGGCUCGUCUCACCGCAUCAGAGCAGGCACUGGAGGGCGAGUACCGUUUUGCCAACUCGAGAAUAAUUACAAAUUCUGAAGAAAUUUCAUUUUACAAGGGAGGGCCUCGUGAAUUAGAAUGGAUGUUGAAUUCGUUUUCGAAUCUGUAUCAGCAUUUGGAUGGUUUCAUUGCCUUCAAAUUUAUAACAGAGUUUUUUGAAAACUUUGUUGCAAAGUAUAUUGCCACCGUGGUUGGAUAUUACGCGGUCGGACGACCCUUUUUCAAUGUAAAAGACGGAACAAAAUUUACACAAAAAGAGUUUAAAACGAGACAGGAGAGUUACUACAGAAGUGGACGGAUGCUGGUCAACUUGAGCCAGGCGAUUGGAAGGCUUACUCUCAAUGCAAAAAAUUUGUCCAGAUUGGCUGGUUACACAUCACGAAUCCACGAGCUGUUGGAUAAUUUGAACCGGCUAAAUUUGGAGGAGGACAAUCGACUCGAAAAUCAGGGAACCAAUAAAAGUCUAGGACGCUACGUUAUACAAGAUCAUGUCAUAAGAUUUGAAAAUGUGCCCAUUGUUACCCCGAACGGAGACGUACUCAUCAAGUGUUUGUGCCUGGAAGUGCGAUCAGGAAUGAAUGUGCUGGUAACAGGGCCAAACGGCUGCGGAAAAUCUUCUUUAUUCAGAAUUCUCGGAGAAUUAUGGCCCCUGACUGGGGGGACAUUAACUAAACCAGACACGUCCAAACUGUUUUACGUUCCACAAAAGCCUUAUAUGCCAUACGGCUCAUUCAGGGAUCAAAUAAUUUAUCCGGAUUCAGUAUCUGAAAUGAGAGCGAAAGGGCUGAGGUAUGGAGAUCUUGUAAAGUUUCUACAACUUGUCGAUCUCGAUUGGAUGGUCAUUCAAUCUGCUGAUGUUCCUAAAAAGCCAUCAAUGGCUUCGUCGAAUGACAAUCAUGCAGACGACUUGGAGCAAAUCUGGAGGGCAGAGGGAGGAGAAGGUGAAAUAAAAGAACAAGAGUUGAGAACUUUGGGACAGAGACGAAGCUGGGACGCAAUUGAAAACUGGAUGGAUGUGUUAUCCGGAGGACAAAAGCAGAGAUUGGCCAUGGCCAGAAUGAUUUACCAUCGACCGCAAUAUGCCAUUUUGGAUGAAUGCACAAGUGCUGUUAGCGUUGACAUCGAGGGAUCCAUUUACCGAUAUUGCCGUUCUGCAAAUAUCACAUUGUUUACGGUAACCCAUCGCAAGAGUCUCUAUAAUUAUCAUGACUACGUCUUGCACAUGGACGGACGAGGAAGUUAUUCCAUGAAGAAAAUUGAUCACGACAAAGAUCCAGAGUUUGGUUCCUAAUCAAAACAUAACGAUUUUAAGACAAUGAAAAUAAAAUAAGCAUCAGGAAACAUGCACAAAUAUUGAUGAAA